GAGGGUUAUUUGGUAGAAGUGAUUGGAGAGAAGGAGAAAGAGAAGGGUUUUGCAGGCAGAGGCGCAGAGGCGCAGCAGCAAUGGCAAAGUUCAACGAGACCCAGAAGAUGAAGAGAGCUCAGGCCGCAGAACGUAAGCGGGCAAUUCAUGGAGAUCCCGUGACGAGGAAGCUUAAGAACAAACCCCAACCUCUCUCCAUGUCCGGCAAGCGCAAGAGAAAGCUGUUCAAGAAAUGGCGUAGGGAGCAGAAGGAAGCUCUGCAAAAGGGUAUAGUUAGCAUGGAAGACAUCGAGAUGGCGGUGGCUGAAGGGUCAUCUCAAGAGGCCAAAAAGGAAGAAACAAAAUUUCGCUUGAAGAAGAGUGCAAAGCUUCAAGUCAAACAACUAAAGCGUAAGGGUAAGAAAAAAGGGAAAUCCUCUAAACCAGCUGAAGAGGCUCCUGUUGAUGCCAUGGUAGAAUAGUUGGUGAUAGAGAUCAUUCAAUUGACACCUUCCUGUAAACAAUUGCCACAGGCGAAGGCAAUCUUUUUGUAGGCAUUUUUCUAGGAUAUCAACAUUUACUGCAGAACUUUAUAUUGCUUGUGAAGAGAGAGAGAGAGAAGGAAAGAGGACCCCCUCCCCCCCCCCUCUCCAAAGGGAAAAAAAAAAACAGAAAGCAACAGCAAAAAACAGGAGGGUAAUAUUGAAGUAUGGAAUAACUGAUGAGCAAACAUUGAAGUAAUAGAGAAAAAGAUGUGCAGCAGCACUCGUAGCCUCUUCCUCAAGUAA